AUGGCUACUCCUUCGGUACAAGUAUGUCGGGUGGAUACGCCGUGGCGCCUUCAUAUGCUGUUGCUCCGCCAUCUUAUGCUGCUCCUCCUUCCUAUGCUGCUCCUCCUUCCUACGUUGCACCUCCUUCCUAUGCUGCUCCACCUCCACCAUCAUAUCACGCCCCUCCUUCCUACCAGGCCCCACCAUCAUAUCAAGCCCCACCUUCUUAUCAAGCACCUGCUCCAUAUCAACCAUCGUAUAAAGGACCUGAACCGUACCAAAUUUCUGCCUGGUGGCGUUCCACCUGCUCCUUCAAUGCCAUACAGUGUUACUCCACCUGCGGCGUCGUCAUACGCUCCACCAGCCAACCUGAUAAAGAGAGAUGAGGAAGAGGUGAAGCAGAUAUCUGAACGUGAGGCCGUUGCAGCAGCGCCAGAAGUAAUAAAGGUAGAGUCCAUCUAG